ACACUACCCUGGAUACGAGUUUCAAUGACCUUUAACCUCACUGACCCCCUUUGUUGCUAGCGCGCGGACAACAAAUUCUGUGCAGUCAACUUUCCUGCUUUUCGAUGAUUUUAUGCCUUUUGUUGGGUAUCUGCUGGCCCGAAGUAAGUCUAAAAGCUGUCCCAACUUCCAGUGCUCCCAGAUCAACACUGACUGAAAGUCAGCUCAGCAACAGCAAACUCUCAGGGCAAAGUGGAGAAUGCAGUGACUACUGAGGAAGCACUCAUCCUCCCUGGUAUCAUCUUGAACAGUCUUCCGACCGUGCCAUGGCCAGAAGACGUCUUGAAGCAGCGCUGGAUGCUGGGAGGGAGAUCAGUAAGGAGCAGGACCCCUUCAGCAAGCUGACGACGCUGAGUCACAUCCCGGUGCAGCGGGAGUUAGCUGGAGCCUACAGUCUGCAGUUCUCUCUGACCGGCAACCAGCUGGCCGUGGGAUUUGGCAAUGGUGCAGUGCAGGUAUAUUGUGCUGCAUGCAAGAACAUGACGACAAAGCUCCCUUUUUCACAGUUGUACAACCCUGAGAAUGGGGAGAUGAACCUUGCCCUGAAGAAGGGGUCGAGUCGGAGGGGCCUGGCUGUCAUGUCCCUGUGCUACCACCCCCUGGAUAAUGGUAUCAUCCUGGAGGCUGGGGCUGAUGGAAACAUCGGCUGCUGGCAGCUGGAGACGUCCAUGUGCACACAUAGUCUACAGGAGGACCAGAAUGAGAUAAAUGCCAUGGACUUCAACCUGGACGGAACUGUGUUUGCCACAGUAGGGAAGGACAGGCACAUACGCAUGUAUGACAGCAAAACUUUCGAGCUGUUGCAGACUCUAGAGGCGCCCAACCCGCUGAUCGAGGACGUCCAGCCGACAUCAGGACACAGCAGGAGGAUAUACGCCAUCAAGUUCCACCCCACGGACAACUACAUGUUCAUCACUGCUGGCUGGGACAACAGUCUCAAGAUAUGGGAUCGCAGAACAAAGGGAGGUGCCAAGAGGGUGAUCGGUGGACCACACGUCUGCGGGCCGGCCCUGGAUAUCAAGGAUAACAAAGUCCUGACAGGUUCGUGGGUUGCGAAGGGCUCGCUCCAGCUGUGGCACUUCCAGGAGCGCAGCCUGCUACAGACGAUACCGUUCCCCGCGGGGAAGGGCGGAGAGUUCCUGUACUGCGCCCAGUUCUGCGACCACGACGUGGUGCUGGCGGGCGGCAGCGGCACCAACAGCGCUCAGGCCAUACAGACGAAGAAUGGAAAUGUGUUAGGAUCAGUAGAUGGAGGUGGCAAGGCAGUACAGACGCUAGACGCCAUCAGAGGAGGUCGUCUGUUGGCAGUAGGAGGGCUGGGACCCCAAAUCACUGUGGGAAAGUUGGAGUAAACUGUUAACAUUGUCCAGUCCAGGCUGAAAAUAUGCAGAGUUGUUUUUGGAGGAUAUUGACUUCCAGUGAAGAUGCAGCAAGGAUCAGUCUUUACAUUGCAAAAGCCUUUCUGUACACUCUAUAUUUCUAUGUGGGUGAUGCAGUAUUUUCACACUCAUGGAAAAUCGUUUCGAGAGUCAUUUCUCUAUGAAGUUAGUGUCUUAGACAUCAAAUUUUGUAUAGCAGAUGCAACGUGACAGCCUUGUAGCAUUCAAACAGCAAAUUAAUGGUAGUGUCAAACAUUGA